AUUAUGUUAAUCAGUGCUUUUAAGCUUCCUCCGUGGCUGGGUGUAGCCACUUGGCCAACUUUGCUCACUGACCACAUCCCUGACAACCAGCUUCAAUCCACCCGGGUGUGGAUGUGGCCUGGUGAUGGGUGAGGCCACAUUAGUCCCUGGUCUCCAGCUGCCUCUCCACUGAGAGGGGACCAUUUCUCUGCAUUGAAACAGAGAACUUGGCUUGUGGGUGAUCCAAGCUACCAAAGAUCGUGACCUGGAUCUACUCGUUGGACUGUGAGCAUCUUGGCCUUUGCCCUCUCCUUGAGCCAAGCUCCAAAGCUGACCCAUUGUGUCUGGUUUGUGUUGCUUUGAGAUCAGUGUGCUGAAUGAUGAUGGUGGAGAAGCCACAUGGAUCUGACAGCCCUCGAGGAGGCCAGGAGAGGAGCCGGAGAGGCAUCCUGCAGUCCACCAAGAGGGCCUGGGCUCCCCUGGAAGAGCAGCCGCCUCCAGGCUCUGAGAAAGAAGGCCAGAGUCUCCCCACGCCCUCGCUAGACGGUUCCAAACAAGAACGUAUUCAGCGAUGGCUGGACUCUGGGUCCUUUGUCUCUGUAGAUGAAAACUUUCAGCAAGUCACCGACCACACAGUUUUCUCGCAUGAACAAGGAAUGGUUCAAAUGACUGUGAAAGACUACCUGAGAUCUCUGCACCAAUGUUCAGAAACUCCCACCCUAUCCAGAGGGACCAGCUUCAACUCGUGCCAUUCUGCUGUGAGUAUACCACAAAGCAUUCCUGAGUGGCUGGAAUUUUGGGAAACAGAUCCAGUGGACAUUCUGUUGGACCUGGGGUUUGGUGCUGAUGAGCCAGACAUCUGUACACAAAUUCCAGCCAGAUUCCUGGAUUGUGACUCAGCAGCCACAGGGAUCAAUAUCCAUGUUUUUCUUGAAGCUCAAAAGCAGCGAAUGGACAUUGAGAACCCUAACUUGUAUGGUCGUUUCCGACAGCUGGAAAUCCUGGGUCAGGUGGCCAAUGCCUUCUCAUCUUUGCUGAAUGAUGUUAGCACCUGGCAGAGCAAAGCUGAAGAGAAAGACGAAGAAGAAAAUAUGCAAAGAGCUUUAGUGAGUGGAGCCGAAGGACAUCCAGGAAGAGAGGGGGAACUUUUCAGGAGAGCCUCGAAGCAGAUCAGGAGCGACAGUAGUUCAGAAGUGUCAGGGUCUUUGAAGAAGAGGGAACAUUUUUCCAGCACCUGUGCAGGACCAGGAGGAUGUGCAAUAGAGUCACCAGCCGUGACAGACAACCUCGACCAAAGUCAUUUAUCUCCUUCGGCCGAGCAUUGGUCUCUCCAAGCCUGUGAUGACUUGAUACCUUGUCGUCCUCCCAGAGCUCUUCUGAAAAGGCGCUGGCCUUACUCACCCAUGCUAGUCCAGCGGACUCCCCCUUCCUGUGUGUCUGAGGGGUCAGUCAAGGACAGAACUCGGAAAGAAAAUGCGAUUCAGACUAACAAGCUCAAGAGCUUAUCUGGGGCGAGGAAGGCACCAGACUCCUUCGAAAUGGAAGAGGUCCAGAGCUUUGAAGAGGAGAUUGGUGAUCACCCUGACCUGACUUCAGGAACUAAAGGCACCACAGUGAGCAGAGCAAACAGCUGCCAGUCUGACAGCAGCGGGUUCCUGGAGGAGCCACCGGACCCGCCAGCCCCGCAGAUGUCCUCCUUGCCUGGAGGCCCAAGUCCUGCUGAGAAUGGAAGUAGAAAGCCCAGGGGUCAGGGCCAGCACUCAGGGGCACUCCAGGACUGCCAGCCAGAGGCAGGCGAGUCUGACUCCAAGAGUGUGGUGAGCACAGCUUCUUCUGGUCAAGACUGGAGUGUCUUAGAGGACAAGUCUUCAACAGCUGUGGUGGAGAAAGAGUCUCAGCUCAAGGCCACGGGGGGACCACCAGAAUGGUUGGCCUCAGAUAUGGCCCUGGACGUGGCCAGCACUGGGGGAGAACACCCCAGGAAAGACAGCCAUCAGAGGCAGCCCCCGCCCGUGCCCCACACCCAGCGUGAGGCCAGUGUCGGCACGCCGGCCUCCAGACGUGACCAUCCUCUGGAGUUUAUGGUGACCCACCUCACAGAAGGGAAGGAUGGGUUCCUGAGGCCGGAGGGAGCCGGGGGCCUGUGCGUGCAGAGCCUCCACUGUGAGCCUCAGAGAUUACCUGGAGUGGGUCACCCUCAAGACAAGUUCCUUCCUGUUGACUCUGAGGCCCCAAGAGAAGCAGAAAGCCAUCAACUCUGCCCUGACAUCAACAGCACCUCCCUGACUCAGCAUGUCCCCAAGCCCGGCGAGGCCACGCCCCAUACAGCUGACCUUAUUCAAACAUCUGAGAAGUCCGUUCCCCACCCUGAUAAGCUGUCUGGAGGUACCUCUCCCCAAAUGAAGCCAAGGUGUAGAGCUUGGGGUCACAUACCACUCAGGGCAGAAUCUGAGAUGGGAACCCUUCCUUCAAAUGCUGACUCAAGCGCUGUCAGCUCCGAGUCUGUGACAACCCAGAUGUCCUGCAGCCUGGUGUCAGCUGCUCAGAAUGCUGUGGCCUUGGGGACUGAUUCUAGAAGAACAACUUUAGAAUGCACUGUGUGUGACCCUGUUAGCACAGCAGAGCCUGUGCUGGGGGCCGAAGCCAGGCAGUUCAGUGAUAUCUCUGUUCAGACUUAUCUGUGUGAGCCCAGGUCUUGGCAUCGCUGUUCAGCUCCAGGAAACGAGGCCCGGCCCCUCACCAAAUCUGUCUCUCUAGACACGGGCUUCCCUAGGCCCUGCCCAGAGGACAUCUGCCAUGCUGCACCUGCCCCCUGCUGUGACUGCUGUCAUCGCCAUCCCCACCGCCACUCGGCCUGCGGGCAUGGCCUGUGCUGGCACGGUCACCCAGAAGCCCAGUUCAUGAAGACUGCGGUGCGGGAGCUGUGCUCUUACACAGCCCUGGAGAUGGAAGCAAUGAGGACGCUCUGCCAGUGUUUCCGGGAGCACUUGGAGGAAAUGGAAAAGCACCUCACAGGGCAGCAGGCCCUCUUUUCCAGGGACAUGUCCGAAGAGGAGAGGAAGGAGGCCAAGCAACUGCAGACUUUACGCAAGGCCCUGCAGCAGCAGGUGGAGGAGCUGGAGCUGCAGUUAGGAGACCGGGCUCAGCAAAUCAGACAAGGGAUCAUGUUGCAGCUUGAUCUUCUCACAGGAGAACAACCUGCAUACGAUACAAACCCGCACCCUUAUGACUGGACAGAAGAAAAGAAUGGCCAGAUUUCACACACCCACAUCCACCCAGCCAUGGCCCCUGGGGCUGCCUUUCCUCCGGACGAUGGCCAGCAGGCUCCCUGCUCAGGGGAAAGGCCAUGCGAAGACCCAGAGGAAAGGCAGCCGUCUACAAGCCAGGAAGAGAGUCCUCAGCAGAAACCAGCCCUGCUGGCACCUUGAUCUUGGACUUCUGGCCUCUAGAACUCUGAACAAGUGAACCUCUGUUGUCUGAGCCACCUGGUUGGUGAUGUUCUAUGAUGGCAGCCCAGAUUUCAGUUCCGAGAAGCGGGGUGCUGCUGUAACAAAUGACCUAAAAACAUGAGAGUGGCUCUGGAGCUGGGCAAAGGGUUGGGGCUGGAAGAGUUUUGGGGUGCCUAUCUCUUCAGAACAAGCUUUCCCUGUCUUUGCUGGGUGGUGGUCUAUCCUGUUCAGUUCUCAGUGCCUCGGUAUGUUGCUUAUGAUGAAGUCCUAUGCAUCAUAGGUCACAAUGGGUCCAAUCCUUUAUAUACAGAUUGAAAGGAUCCCUUUCUCUUGCUAGCUCCUUUCUGUGAAUCCCCCCCGCCCCCACCUUCUCUGACUCCCACGAGUUCCUUUUCCUGGCUCUGCCUACAGAACCCUGGUUUUAGCAUCCAUGCACGAUAAUGAACUUCCUGAAACUGGGUCUACCUCAGGGAAAAGCAGCAAAACAAGAGCCUGCCGAUUCCCCAUUGCUGGAGUUGCUUCACCCGAGGCCACCUCCACGGCUGCUGCCAUUGCCACUGCCAUGGGGAUGCCAUUUCCUUGGGCAUGCUGAACGUAGGGCUUAGAGGGGAGAGAUCUCUUUUCCCAUCAGCUCCUUCCCCAACCCUCUAGCCCAAGAGAGAGGAUUUUUCUUGAGUUUUUCCUUUUCUGUUUCACAGUUUCAGGAAUCUAAGCCAGAAAAUAGGGGAGGAAAGAAACUCAUCUCCAGGAGCUAGUUCUUUGAGUUUUUUAUUCUCUUCCCCAGUUGACUUGCUAUUACACACUUUUAAGAGUCUUCAGGUAGUUGCUCUGCAUAUACUGAAUAGGACUUUUCAUUAUAAUCAGUGGGAAAGAGAGGAGCAUUUACUCUAUCUUAAUCAGAACUGAAAUUUGCCAACCUAAAGUGAUAUAAAUAUUCGUAUUAUCAUAAAAGAUGCUCAAUGUAAGUCAGAUAGAAGAACAACAAACAUGGUAAAAAUCAUUAUCCCCAUUUUAAAGAUGAGGAAUCAGAGACUUGCAGGGACUAAGUGGCUUGCUCAAUGUCACACAACUGGAAAACCAGGUCUGAGCCCAGGCUGGCCUGACUGCAGCACCACCACCCCAGCUCUGCCACGUGCCCAAGUGGGGCGAGAGGUAUAGACGCUCGGAUUACAUGUGAGGAUCAGGCAGUCGUCCUCUCUGAGGCCUGUGCUUUCCUAGCUUUCAGCUUCGAUUAGGUCAAGUUGAAAGAUGUGCUUAUGCACAGGGCAGGUUGGGAUUUAAUAUCGCUUUGUGUUGGUUAUUGGGCAGGUGUUUGUUUAAAGAAAGUGGAAACAGGUGUGUGGGCCCUGAUUCAAUUACAUGAUGGAGGGGAACACACUGAUCCAUGGCCAUUUUCAAGGAGAGAUGCUGAUUGUGCUAAUUAAUCAUUUGUCUGUCAGGACAUAAUAGAAACUGAUGUUCCAGUUACCAUUGGAAUGGAACACAGACUCACGUGUCUGGCUCCCCAGCAACCAGAUGCAACUGUUUAUGAUGACAGCAAUGAAGAUGCAGUACCUGAAUCCUCCUGGAUUACCAGGUUUGAGAUGAUUUGAAGGAAAGGUGUUUUAUAAACUCGUGCCAACAGCACGGGACAUCAUCCAACCGGAAUUGUCUCUCAAAGGAACUUUUCCCUUCAAAGAGAUUUAUUGAGACCUUUUAGGUCAGGAUGGCAUCCAUCCCAGAGAUGGGGCUGAAUGGAGUACUUUCCCACGCUGUGUGGCACAGCACUCAAUUCACCUCACCUAACCAAGACAUCUAUGCUCAGAAUGGAAUGUCAUCAUAAUUCUGAGUGGUCUUUUAAAAGCAUAAAUCAGAUACUUUGCUCUCCCACAUAAGAAUCUCCAGUGACUUUUCAGUACAUUUAUAAUUAAAUCCCGACUCUCUACCAAGAUCUACAAAGCUCUACACAACCCCACCCUGCAUCCCUCUGUGACCUCAUAUCAUACUGCUCUCUCCCUCUCUGUCUCUCUCUUACUGUGAUUCAAUUUCUUGGAUCUUCUUGCUAAUUCCUGGUCACCUUAGGUCAUUUUUACUUCAGGAGCAUUUUGGGUGCUGUUCCUUCUUUGCAUUUGCUAUUCCGCUUUCCCCAAAUAUUCAGAGGGCUGGGAUCUUCUCAUUCGGAUUUCUGUUCAAUGGCACCCCUUCAGAAAAGCUUCCCUUAACAACCCUAUGCGAAAUGGGGCUUCUUCCUGUACACAUUUCUAUUUAUUUUCUGCCCACUUAUCCGGCUUUGUUUUCUUCAUAGCAUUUAUUAUGUGGAUUUUUAUUGCUUUAUUUGUUUACUUGUUCAGUGGCUGUUUCCCUUCCUAGAAUGUAAACUUUAUGGGGAAGAGACUUGUCUGUCAUCAUCUUUCCAUAUUUUAUCCCCAGGCCUAAAACAUAGAAGAAUUUGAUGAGUGAAUGGACAAGAGAAUUAAUUCAUUCAUUCGUGAACAUAUCAACACUAAUAAACAUUGGGUAUACGUAAAUAAGACAUAGUCUAAUCCAUCAAGGAAUUUUCAGUUUGGGGAGGAAAACACACAUAGCUAAGAAUCUCUUCAUGUUACUUCUUUGUUUAUACCUUUCAGAAACUCCCCAUCAAUAGCAAGGUUUUUGAGUCUAGGAUCAUCAGUUUCACCAGGCAGUGGAGACAUUGAAAAAAAAUUAUUAGGACAACAUGGCAAGUCUUUAAUAAAGUUAAUUCAACCUAAGCAAUAGUGUUCUCACUUUGCUUCAGAAUUCACCUCCUUUUAAGUUAGAGGAGUUGUCUCUUGGUUGCAGGGAAGCCAGCCACCAAAGACCAUGUAUUUUAUGGUCUCGCUGAUAUAAAAUGUCCAGAAUAAUCAAAUUUGUAGAGACAGAACAUAGACUGGCGUUUGUCUAGGGCUAGACAAUGAAGCAAGGGAAUGGACAUGACUGCUAAUUAUGGUACAAGAUUUCUUUUGGGGGUGAUGAAAAUAUCCGGAAAUUAGAUUAUGGUGAUGAUUACACAAUACUGAACAUACACUAACAACCAUUACAUUGUUCACUUUCAUUACAGUGUAUGUAAAUUAUGUCUCAGCAAAGUGCUGAAAACAAAUAAGGCAAGCGAGCACACACCUGAGUCAGGUGUCUCCUGAGAGGAAAGGGCAAGUCCAUCACCUGUAUCUGCUGGGACUGAAUUUGCCCAGAAAGAAGGUGCGGGUGGAGCCAGCGGAGGAAGGAGGAAGUAGGGACCAGGUCCGGUAGGGGCUCUAGCCAUGGCUGAGAUUUGGAUUUUAUUUUGAAUGUAGUGAGAAGCCAUUGAAGGGUUUGAAGUUGGACAGUGACAGGAUGUGGUGCAUAUUAACAUCUUAUAAGAAUGCCUUGUAUGUGGUUGACUCCAGGCACAAAAGGAUGCAGUGAGACCUACUAUAGUAAUAUGGGCAGCACUCAAACUGUAAUAGAUUUAUUUUAUUCUCUUUCCUCUUCUUUUCAUCAUAAACAAAAAGCAAGGUCACUUUAUAUUUAGCAGAAAACUCCUCAUGAAUUGUCCCAGAAAAAGACACUAGCCAAAAUAUCCGAACCCCUAUUAACCUUUAGUACCUUAAACAAGCCGUACAUCACUGGUCACAAGAGAACAAUCUAUUAAUAAUGAAAAAUGUAGACUACUCUUAUGUAAUUGGUCCUUAUAGAAAUGGUAUUAUCCUAAUUUAGCAUCAAAACCUGCUUUUCAUUCUAAAUAGCACUAUCAGAGUAAAGCACAGGCCACAUAUUUGUCUAUCAACUCUAUACCAAUUUCCUGGCUCACAGCAGCCAAUGGUUUUCCUACAUCACAAACCAACUACAGUCUUCAGUGCUAUAUUUGGAAAGGAAACAAUAAGGCAUCUGUAGAAAAACAGCAUUUGCAUUAGACCCCGCUUCUUGUCUAAGGGUUAUUUUCACUGAGCAAUCUCAAGUGGGCGGCAAAGAAUAGACAGGCUUUGUUAGACCAUUACUCAUGUAAUGAGAUUUGAGGUCCGCUAUUCAACACAUUUUUCAAUGGGCACUUUCCCCAGGGCUGAAUUGCUGCCUACAGACAGUUUGAUUAUCAAAUACAAUUUUAAAAUAAAAGAGUACAAAAUGCCCCUUCUCUUCUCUGGCCCCCACCCUUCAGAGCUUGUCAGUUUAUCUCAUAGAGGAAGUUUGCUCAGCCAGGGACUACCUCAGCUUUGGAAUGCCUGACUCCUGUAGCCAUCCUCCCUCCUGUGACAGGUCCCACGCUAUUACUCCAGUUGACCCAGGUAUUUCUGUCAGGAGCCAGUUGACCUUGAAGUAUGAGUGAUUUGACACCUUGUCUUUCAGUCAGUUCCAAACAUUCAUACACCACAUGCCCACUUCUCCAUGAAGUUGAGCCAGACCCAUUGGGGAUUGUAAUGAUCCUUCAAGAGCCUGUUUAUCAAUUAAUACCUGCUCCUGCUUUGGCCCAAUUUUCUUCCAGGUUCUUUCCUUUAUGAUCCUGCACAUCUGACUGUGACCUCUGUUUUGCCUCUCAUUUCUCUAACUGGUCACUAUUGACCGUUAGAGUUUGGAUUCUAGAGAAACCAUGCUGCCCUUUAAGAAAGACUACAGGUAACUAGAACUUCAGGCCCAAGCCUUGUGGUUUUUGUGGCUUCUCUUGCUUGUUCUCAUUGUUAGGAUCUGCAGUUUUCUGCAUCUUAACUGGUAGCAGAAGCUGCUCCCCAUCUGUGGAUGUAAUGAAUACAUAUUGAAGGUUCAUGGUGCUAUCGCCUCUUACUAGAUGUUCUCACGCAUGAUUUUCAAAGUUCCACUGAGUCACCAAAUAUAGAUUUUUGUCUAAGUUGAUCCAGGAGGUUCCUAUUUGACAAAAUUAAACCUGAUUUUAUCAUUAACAGGAAUUUGAGGGGUGGGUAUAUGAGGUAAAGGAAAAGGGAAGAGGGUGAGUAGGUGUCUACUAUAAACCAGGCACUGUGUCACAUACCUUUAUGCUAUUAUCUCUUUUAAAACUCAUCACAACUUUGUAAGACAGAUAUUACUAUCUUCCUGUUACAGGUGGGAAAAUGGGGUCUCAGAGAUUAAAUCGUCUGUGGUCUCCCAGACUGUAACUAGAUAUGAUAGCAUCUAAGCCCAAUUCUCUAUGCUUUCAAAUCAUAUGCUUUCUUUCUUAGUAUAGUAUACGCUUGAGACAAGAAUGUAUGUGGGGAACAGGGAGGAAAUUAUGUAGGCAGAGAGGAGAGGUAAGAUGGGAUCAGAUCAAGUGAGUUUUGAUUGAAGGUGUAGGUAGAUGCUUGAAAUUGACCUCAAGGGCAAUUGCUAUCAAUUCAGGUUCCUGGAUUGUGAUGGGAAUUUAAGAGAAGUCUUUCUGGAAACACUGACGGACAUAAAGGCUAGCUGACUUAUUCUCCCUACAGUGUGCCCCCCAAAUGCAAACCCAAAUGAGCGUGCAAUCUAGCAAUAACCGUGCACUUGCUUUGCAAAUGCAGCUUACAGGCUGAUCCUCUCACCUUUCCUUCAGGCCAGAGGUCACCAGAGCUGCUACUGGGUAGGAAUUCUAGAGCUUCCCCGUCGGGCCAGUGUGUGCUGGACAGACCAGAGGAGAGGCCAGAGCUCUGCAGCGGCCCUGGCCAGAACCUGGGAAGGAGUUUCUCACCGGCUUUAUGAAUGCAGUCAUCUGUGGCGUGUAAUUUCCUUGAAACCAAGGACAGAGUUAUAGCCGCUAUUUUACAUACAUGCUGGGUAUGAAAUUUGCUUUCACAUAUUCCUGAAUUGUGUGUCAUUUUUCAUGUAGUCGAAACCAAAGAGGAAAAGUCCUAAAAGUUAAAGAAGAUUUUUUCCACACCAUAAAGACCUUAGUCAGUACUUUUCCUUGUGCUCAUAGAGAGUUAAUGAACUUAUUAAUAUUUUUGUAGCACAAUUCAAACAUGAUAACCCCUCACUUAACUACCUUUGAGCAGCAGAAGCUUUAAACUGCGUUGCACAUUCCUGAAAACUCCGUGUGCCCUUUGGGGAAAUAGAUGUGCUUGCUUCCUCCAUGUUUAGAGGCCCCCAUAAACAGUGUGUGGAGGCUGCCACCAUUUCCGUCUGGUAGUCCCCUCCUGGUUUCCUCCAACUACUUACAGGAGCACUCACAGUCACAUUGACAAGCUUUGGUGAUGCGGUGGGGAUUAGGCUCAAUGCCUUUAUGUGCCGCCUCUCUGGUGGUGGAGAGUUCUCAGAAUCCAGGCAGCUCUCAGAUUUGGAAAAUUGUAACAGCUUAGCUGGAAGGAAGCAAGCAUGGGAAAGAGCAGUGCAUUCCUUCUCCGCCGGCCUUUUUAUCCUCGUGUGCUGUGAGAGGCCACAGGGACAGCGUGCCCUUGAUGACUUAGGGCUGCAUGGACAGCAUCAUUCCAGCAUGCUUCUCAUCUGUAGCGCACUGUCUUAAUUGAGCGUCAGAGAAGCCAUGGUAGAAUUAAUAUUCAAGCAAACCUUUGGGUUAGUAACCGACUAGUAGCCACAUGGCUCCCUUGCUGUCCUGCUGAGUGGUGAUCACUCUUUUAUACAAUAGCCAGAUGUCCAGCUCUGAAAGAAUAAACUCAGCUUGGUUUUCGAGAGGGAGAAAAUGAUGGGUCAGAUCUGUUCAAAUGCAGGAGAACCGAAGAGCAUGAGGCAGAGACCACCAGUGCAGAGACCACCAAUGCAGGGACCACCAUACCAUAGAGUACUUCUCAGCAAUAAAAAAGAAUUACCUCUUGAUAUAUGCAACAACCUGGAUGAAUCUCCAGAGAAUUAAGCUGAGUGAAAAAGAAGCCAAUAGAAAAGUUACAUGGUAUAUAAUUCCAUUUAUAUGAUAGUCUGGAAAUGACAGCAUUAUAGGAGUAGAGGACAGAUUAGUGGUCAGCAGGGGUUAAGAUGGGGCAGAGAGAAGAGGAAUAGAAGAGGGAGUGAUUAUAAUAAAAAAAGACAUGGGGGAGCCUCAUGGAGGUGGAAGUAAUCAGUAUCUUGACUGUGGUGGUGGAUACAUGAAGCUACACGGGGGAUAAAAUUGUGUAGAACUUACACACAGAUACACACACACACACACACACACACACGGGGAAAGAUUGGAAUAAGACAAGUGAACUGUAACUGUAACAAUGUCACUACCUGGUUGUACUAUAAUCUUACAAAAUGUCACUAUUGGGGGAAACUGGGCAUAAUAUAGAAGGGGUCUAUCUCUCUGUAUUAUUUCUUAUAAUGGCAUGUCAAUCUCCACUAACCUAAAGUAAAUUAAUACUAUUACCCCUUAUUUCAGUAAGUAUCUAUUAAGUAUUUGACAAUUUCUGAAUAUUAAAUUUGUUCUAUAGCUUUAUUUCAAUUGGAUGAAAAUACAGAUAUCAGAAUUUAGUACUAAUGAACUCAGAUAGUCUUCUGUUAUGAAGGACUAAAAUGUGGUUAAAGCUUCCCAACCAGAGACUUAGACACUUAUUCACCAGAAGAUACUGAUCUGAAACAGUUACUUCUCUCUCAGGGCUUAAGGAGACAACCAAAGAGAUCCAGCAAGAUCUCUGGGAUAAAACCUCCUGCAAACGUUUACUGUGUGUCUUCUCUCUCUCUCUCUCUCUCUCUCUCUCUCUCUCUCUCUAUCCAAGGAGCUGGAGCCCCAUCACCCACCUACACAGACACUGCCUUAGACUCAUUUUAGAAGGCAGAUAUUUGAAGGGCACAUUUUAUCAGCUAUUGACUAAAAUAAAUGGUCUGGAAAUGUACAUCACUGUGAUCA